CCCGAAACGGGACUAGCGGCCGCAGCAUUACACCUUUAGCGCGUGUCUGGAGGUUACUGAUUGUUACUGAUUGCGCAUCAGGGCCUCGAACCCCCGCCUUAUGUUAUAAACAUCCCCCCUGACCCCGUCCACGCGCGUGUUCCUCCCACCCUCCCCCUUCUUGCUCCCUCUUCGUUUUCUAUUCAUCGUCGCCACGCUCCUCAACUGCAAGCCACAGGACUGUUUUCCGAAACCGCGCAUCACUUCAUCGUAUCCUCGCUUUUACGUUUUAUCGACAAAUCUCAUACCCACCGCGGUCGAAAGCAUCACCGUCCUCAUUUCACCAUGCCUCCCAAGAAGAUCGCCGAAGAGGGCGCUCCUGCCCCCGCUCCCAAGAAGAGCUCCCAUGCCAGCUACCAGGAUAUGAUCACCGAUGCUAUUAUGCACCUCAAGGACCGCAAUGGCUCGUCGCGUCAAUCCCUCAAGAAGUAUGUCAGGGCGCAGAACGACAUCAAGGUCACUGACCGCAUGUUCGACUCGCUCUUCAACAAGGCCUUGAAGUCUGGUGUUGAGAAGGGCGUAUUUGAACAGCCCAAGGGUCCCUCCGGUGGUACCAAGCUGGCCAAGAAGACGGCCAAGCCAGCCGGUGCUAAGCAAGCAACUGGCGAGAAGAAGACCACGACCAAGAAGACGACCACCGAGAAGAAGACAGCCCCGAAGAAGGCCACCACCACCACAACAGCAAAGAAGGCCGCCGUCGACAAGGAGGCCAAGCCCAAGAAGGCCACUACCGCCAAGGAGAAGAAGACGACGGCCAAGAAGGCGACUUCGACUGACAAGCCCGCUGCCCUGAGCAAGACCAAGACUGGUCGCGUCUCAAAGGCCACUACUGCCAAGGCCGGUCCCAAGAAGGCAGGGCCUAAGAAAGCUUCAACCACGAAGAACACAGCCGCCGCUGCCGCUUCUUGAGCAAAGGGUUUGCCACACCACGUUGGAUCAAGUAGCGGAUGAGUGAAAUUCAUCUGCCACACGACGUCACCACCUCCAUUUGCACGGUUAUGUUCGGGCGUUACGGUAUCAAAUCAGGGAAACGGCGGGUUUAUUUUGGGGACGGUCUUCACCAAGGGAUAGCGCGAAACGCGGACUUGAUUCUCUCUCUGCAACUUUUGCGCCGGCAUACGGCUAACGUUUUUUUGUCAUGAUGAGUACCGGCCUGGGGGAGAGGGUGGAUUGGAUUCUGGUCGGCCUUAUCUUGGGUUUCCGCUGGCUCUAGC